AUGGAUACCCUCCCUCUGGAGCUCUUUCUCCAAGCCCUUGGCGAUCCGUCGCUCUACGAGUCCGCCCAAUAUCUUCGCGUCAACCGGAGAUGGUUCCACUUUCUUAGCCCUAGAAUCUGGAAGCACGCAGCAGACCAUCGUCUUCUGAAUAUUCAGCCUCAUCGACGUCAAUUGUUAGGAUCUCGUACUCCAAAGGCUCCCUCUUUCCAACUCAAUGCCUCAGAUGCUACCUGGCCCCGACCCUAA